AUGAAAAAACAUUUAGUUGUGUGUCCUUUGAACGUACGGAAAUUUCUUAUGUUAUUAUUACCUCCAUCAAAUUUCGAGAAGUUUCUCUCAGGUUUUGUGAAGAAGCAAAAAAAAAAUCUCGUAAAUAGAGCUCAGAAGGGAAAAAAAUUGUCACGGAUGGCUCUUAGGCUUAUUGAGAAGCAGUGCAUGUAUCUUGAACAUUUCAUGUUGAAAGAGAAAAACUGA